AUGGACGAUAUGCAGCCUAAAGCCCAAUCCCGGCCAUACUUGUCUAGGCACGUGCCGGGACAGAAUAUGGUCUUUCGGAUCCCGAACUACAAAUCAAAGGACUCCCUAGCGUGUGGGCCCGAACAGUCGGACCAGGUGUAUCAUUCCCGCCGAUCCCAUCGGAAAUCCCGCGCCGGCUGUGUGAACUGUAAGCAACGAAGAAUCAAGUGCGAUGAAGUUAAACCCCAUUGUCUUCGAUGCAAAAAAUAUGGUAUCGAGUGUGACUACUCGAGCCAGCCAGCCCGACCUCACAAGGCCAAGAACAUCGUUUCCAAAUUUACUAAAAUCAGCCCUGAGCUAUUAUCGAUUGAUUCCCAAGCUUCUUCAAUGUCUUUAAUGGUGGUCGCGGACAAGCUGAAAGAAUUACUACAUCCACCUCCUGCUACCGGUACCAAGCUGCCGAGAUUACUCACAGAUGCCACAGCAUCAGCCCGCACUAUCGAAGCACUGCAUCAUUUCCACAAAGGCCCAGCCUUUGCAACCGAAAGCCAAACGCCUCUUCGAAUAGUAAUGGGUAAAGUCGUUGAACUUGCCUUUGAAACCCCCUUUCUCAUGCACGCCAUCAUAGCAGCCGCGACAAGCCACCUCUGUACUCUCCUCCCCGACAGCAGGGACUACCGCCUAGCAGAAGCCUACCACUGGCAACAAACAAUCAACCAAUACUCCACCGAAGUCUCCAAAGCUAUAACCCACCAGAACAUGGACCAGCUCUAUUCCGCCUGCAUGAUGAUCAGCAUGCACUCCUUCCUCCAAAAAAACUUCAACCCGCGCACCUCCUUCGUCUUCACCACAGACCCAACAGCCCUAACCUGGCUCCGCCUCCAAGCCGGCCUGCGCUACCUACUCGAGCGCACGCUGCCCUGGCUCCGGCAGAGUAUAUGGUGGACGGUAUUCAUGGAAUCGCGGGCUCCAUCUCUGAAUUUUGAAGAUAAGCGCCCUGGUCGUGUGGGUCUUGAUCCAGAUUUGGCGGAUUUGUGUAGGAUCAGCGAUGAGACGACUAUUGAGUCGAACCCGUGUUUGUGGCCUUUGCGGAUGCUCAUGGGAUUGUUGCCGUUUGAGAGGACGACUGGUAGCUUUCAAGUCUAUAAUACAUGGAUGGGAAGGCUGGAGAAUCCGUUCUAUGAGUGUUUGCUUAGGAAGGAGCCGCGUGCGCUGGUUCUGCUAGCUUGGUGGCUGGGGCUUAUGUGUUAUGUGGAGGAAUGGUGGGUUGAGAUGAGGGUUCGCUCGGAGUGUACGGCUAUCUUUGUUGGAGUUUCCAGCGUCGUGUUGUGGGUAUUUGCUCAGACAUGA